UGUUCAGACAGAUAGAAUGAAGAUGUUUGUGGAUGUGUUCUGUGUCGCAGCGCUGAUGCUCUGCUGCUCCAGGCUCUCCCACGGACGGCCUCCGGCCCACAGCCCCUCACUCACAGAGCACACCUUUCCAACAACAGCAUCCACAGUCUCUCAUCCCGCCCCUCACUAUGCACCGUGCUUUGUGGAUGACAUAUUUGCAGCGCUGCGUGAAAGUGUUGGUAACGAUGAUGAACUCACAAACUCCAGUGUGAAUCAGUUUGGAGUCUGCACGGCAUCUGAACGCUCAUCAGUCUUACUGCAGCUUGCUAAGGAAACACAGAGAAACCAUAGGGAUGGAUUGGAGGUUUUGCCUCCAACUGGAGUGAUUUUGGCAGAGGAAAAUGAAAGAGGAGCGCUCUUGUUGACCUUUGACCUCCCACAGUCUCCAUCGCUCAAGCCGAACCCCGUGCUGCUCCUGGUGUUUGAAAGUCCGCUCACAGGAGGAAACCUGGACGUCACUUUCUCCAGUCCGUCGCUGCAUCCUAACACACAGUCUGUGUGCAUUUCAGAGAAAACACAGUACAUAAUGCUUACAGGAAAAGCAUCAGAGGGUGGCGUUCACCACAGAUGGAGGAUGUCUAUUGAAACAAAAAAGCCUGAUAUGAACCAAAGCCUACGAGACAUUCUUAUUGGUGGAAAAUCAGGAAGUACCACCAGCAUGACUCCACUUCUGCUUUUCUCUGGGGAAGGAGGAACAGAAACAAGAUAUACCCACACUUCAUCCCCGGCCUCCUCACAGACCCCUUUUCUCUGUGAGCUGAAGAGGUUCCUGAGUGACGUCUCGCCUCAGGACCCCCCUGAGUCCCCCGCCCUGCAGCUGGACUCCUUAGACUCCUUAGACUCCUUAGACUCCCUGCCCCCCCUGCCGCUCGAUCUGUCCUCCAGUGACACCCUGCUUGCUGAACUGAUCAACUCCCCCUCCCCGACCAUCUUCUCCUUCACCAGCCGGGGCUCCAUGUUUCAGGUGCAUCUUGGGGAGUUGGCCAUGUCUCCUGCUCUGCUGCAGGAUGUGAAGCAGAGGUUGCAGCAGACUGUGACGCAGGUGACGGAGGUCAUAGAGACGGAGGGGGAGGUCGGCUGCAGAGCCACAAAGAGGCUGCGAAGGCUCACCGAACUCAGUGCGUUUCCAGAGAAGGAGCCUGCAGCAGGAGCGAGCCAGUACCGUGCUUUCCUUCUGCUGAGGGCCCUGCAGAUGGUGGCCCGUGGAUACGAGAUGCAGAGAAGCCUGCGAUCCACCAGAGACAGCACUGGCAAGCAAGUGAACGCCACCACGUGCGGGCUGAAGAGCCUCACCGUGUCCCUGUUCAACGCAUUCCUGGGUCCCAACACGGCUAGAAUCAACAACUGCCAAGGCCUGUGCGUUUUCCCCCUGAGCGACCCCAUCUACCACACCUUGCUGCUCAUCUCCUACAUCGAGAAUGGGAACGUGAAGGAGCGGGCCCCCUGCUGUGUGCCCAUAGCCUACGAUGCCCUGGUUGUGAUCAAAGUGAAACUAGAAGGGACUUACAUCUGCCUCCAACCAAACAUGUUGGCGACGAAGUGCGGAUGUCGCUGA